GAUUUGAUUUUCAAACGCAUGGUUUUGAUGUCAAUUUGUUUAUCGAUUUAAAUUGUUAAUUUGUUGAUUGAUUUAGUUUUUUUCUCUUUUUUUUGUUUUGUGUCUAAUUGUUGAAACUUGAAAUUGUAACCCUGAUGGCUUUUGGUCAGCGUAAAUUGUCUGCAACUGGUAAAAAGUUGAAGAAGAAAAAGUCUACUCAAAAUGGUGGAGAAGAUGAUGAGGCCUCUGGUGAUAAUCAAUUUAAGAGUUUUAAUAUUUGUAAGAAAACACUUAUGGGUUUAACUUAUUCUGGUUAUAAGGUACCAACGGAAAUUCAAUCGGCAUCAAUUGGUUUAGCUAUUGAAGGUUGUGACAUUUUGGGCGCUGCGAAAACGGGCUCAGGGAAGACACUUGCCUUUCUAAUUCCUUUACUUGAAAAAUUGGAAAAUGAAAAAUGGACUAACCUGGAUGGUAUGGGUGCUUUAAUUAUAACACCAACUCGUGAACUUGCUUACCAAAUAUUUGAGACAAUUAACAAGAUUGGUCUUUAUCAUGAUUUCUCUGUUGGUCUAAUUAUUGGUGGUAAAGAUUUAAAAUUUGAACGACAUCGUAUGAAUAAGUGUAACAUUGUCAUCUGUACACCGGGUCGAUUACUUCAACAUAUGAAUGAAAAUCCUUUAUUUAAUUGUGAUAAUACAAGAAUAUUGGUCUUAGAUGAAGCUGAUAGAAUUCUUGAUAUGGGAUUUAAGAAAACAAUGGAUGCCAUCAUUGAUUAUCUACCAAAAGAAAGACAAACUUUACUUUUCUCUGCAACCCAAACUAAAUCAGUUAAAGAUUUGGCUCGAUUAAGUUUAAAGGAUCCAAAAUAUGUCGCUGUUCAUGAACAAUCAAAUUCAGUUACUCCUGAAGGAUUGAUUGAAAAAUAUGUUGUCUGUGAAGCUCAUCAAAAGUUAAAUGCCCUUUGGUCAUUUAUCAAGCAAAAUUUGAGUAAAAAAAUAUUAGUCUUUGUGUCAACCUGUAAACAAGUUAAAUUUAUAUUUGAAUUAUUUUGCCGUAUGAAACCGGGAACCUCAAUGAUGGCCUUAUAUGGAUCACUUCAUCAACUACGACGUAUGAACAUUUACAAUGACUUUAAAUCAUCUAAAAGAGCUUGUUUAAUUGCUACCGAUAUUGCAUCUAGAGGACUCGAUUUUCCAGCCGUUAAUUGGGUUGUACAAUUAGACUGUCCAGAAGAUACUAAUCAAUAUAUUCACCGUGCAGGUCGAACUGCUCGUUACCAUAAGGGUGGAGAAUCUCUUUUAUUUCUUACACCAUCUGAAGAGAAAUCAAUGGUUGAACAAUUAAUCGCUCGAAAAGUUCCAAUUAAGAAAAGUUCUAUAGACCAUCAUGGUUCAAUUAUAAGGAAAGCUGAAGCUCUUCUGGCUCGUGAUGUUGCUCUCAAGGAAACUGCUCAGCGAGCAUUUAAAUCUUACCUUAAAGAUGUUUACAUGAUGAAGGACAAAACCGUUUUCGAUGUUACCACCAUAGAUAAAGAUAUGUUAUCCCGAUCAUUUGGUCUAAUAGUUACUCCUCGAGUUCGUUUCCUUGAAAACAAAGGUCUAAAUAAUAGGAAUAAAUCAACAUCAUCUGUCCCGUUAAAUGAUGAAGAUAAAGAUAAUCCGGUUGAGAUUAAAUCUAAAAAAUUGUUUACCCUAACUGGACAUGCUUCCGAUGAAUCUGAUGGGGAAGACUUUUUCACCUCGAAAAAAGUAGCCGUUAUUCCGGACAUUGAAAUAACCCCUGAACCACUUGUACGAACCUCAAAAGGAAAGAUUGUAACCCAGGCCGCUUUGGCGAGGAAAAUUUUGCGAAAAAAUCUCACUGUAAAUAAGAAGAUUGUCUUUGACACGGAAGGUAAACCAGUGGAAGAAUUUCCAAUGGAACAAAAAUCGGAAAAGAUUAAACUAUUGGACGAAAAGUGUAAAAGUGGAAUUGAUAUUAACAUUGCUAAAGAAAUUAUGGAAGAUGAAGAUAAAAUUGACAAGGAACUUCAACGAAAACUUAUCAAAGAAAAACACAAGGCUAAACGAUUAAAAGAACGAGAAGAAAAGAAAGUUAAAGCAGAAGAAGCCAGGAAAAGAUUCGCUGAACGAAAAGGAUUAGCCAAAUCCGAUCCUAAAUCUCAUGAUGAAGAUGAAGGCACCAGUCAAGACGAAAGUGAUCCUGAUGAUUCUGAAAGAGAAGAUCAACUUAAUGAAUAUAUCGAUCAACUUCCAGAUCCAGAUUUAUAUUAUAACAACGAUGACGACGAAGAUGACGACGAUGGAGAAGAACGAGAAGAAGAAGAAGAUGAUGAUGAUGAUGAUGAUGACGAUGAAAAUCCAAGAAAAAGAUUGAAAACAAGAGAUUCAUCAGAUGAAGAUGACGAAGAAGACUUACCAUUAACUCUUCAAGACGCCGAGACAAUUGCAAAACAAUUUAUUGAUAACUAAAUUAAAUUUAAUGAUCAAAACCCAUUGUACAAACUAUUUUUUGUCUUAAAUCAAAUUGUCCAAACAACCAAACGAAAAAAUCAAUUCUACAUAAUGAAUUUUUUUUAAUGUAACAAAUUUCUAAAUUGUAUCAAUCUCUGUAUCCAUAAGAGGGAGUCAAGUGUAUUAAUUGUAGACAUAAUAAUUUCAAUCAAACUAAAUUUGUGAGAUUGCGUUUAAGUUUCAAGUCAAAAGAAAUUAGAUGAUGAACAAGAAUCGAUAUAAAAUCGAUUCUUUAUUCACCAAAAAUUUUAUUUAAAAAGAAAAGUUUUCAGGUGAACAAAAAGUAAAAACGCAAAACGAAAACAACCCGAACAAUCUAAUCGAAAUACUUGAAUUUCGAAUAAAAAUUACGAAAGAAAAUAA